GAUUCUUAUAUUAAAGUAUUAUAUUUUCCCCUUCAAUAACCUUUAUUCCCUAUAUCUCAACAUGUCCAAGAUUCUCACUGUUAUCGGUGCUACUGGGGCGCAAGGUGGCUCUGUGGUUGCUUCCGCCUUGAAGUCAGGCUACUACAAAGUCCGCGGUGUUACUCGCAAUGUUGAGAGUGCCGCGGCCAAGGCUCUCACUGCGAAGGGCGUGGAGAUGGUGACUGCGGACACUAAUGAUGUAGCAAGCCUUGUCAAAGCAUUUGAGGGUUCUUAUGCCAUCUUCGUUGUCACCGACUUCCAAACCCCCUUCGCUACCAAAGACAUCGAGGAGACCAUUACUAUUGAGUCUACUCAAGGUAUCAACUGCGCAAAUGCUGCUUCCAAAAUCACCACUCUUGAGCACUACAUCUGGAGUACACUUCCUAACACCCAGAAAAUCUCCAAUGGAAAGUUCUCUGUGCCUCACUUUGAAAGCAAGCUCAUGGUCGAUAAGUACAUUCGUCAGAACAAGGCAUUGCUGGCUAAGACGACUUUUCUUUACAUCAGCUUCUAUGCUACAAAUUUUCUUAUGCCUAUGAUCACACCUACCCUACUUAAAACCACUGGCAAGCACGUUCAGCUGUUGCCUAUCCCGGAAGACACUCCAAUCACUACCCUUGGUGCGACAACGAUCAAUACUGGAAUCUACGUCCUUGCCAUUCUUCAACAGCCUCAGCUUACCCUACCUGGCAGAACUGUCCUCGCUGAGACCGAAACACUCACUGCAAGAGAUAUCUUGAAUCUCUGGUCUGAGGUCUCUGGUCUUCCUGCCGAAUAUGUAUCGAUCUCCCUGGAUCACUAUGAUGCCUUGUGGCCCAAAUGGGGCCGUGAGAUUGGACUCAUGCUGCAGUUCUGGGAUUGCGCUCGAGAGAAAAGCUGGAUUGCAGAGGAUACAGUUAUUAAGAAGGAGGACUUGGGUCUUACCGAUUUGGUUGGUAUAAAGGAAGUCUUUGCUGGAAUUGACUGGACUACUGUUUAAAUUCCACAUUUGUUAGAACAUUGAACUGUACCGAUUAGCAAUACGCGUUACUGUUCUAAAGAGCCAUCUGACUUAAUAAAGAAUCA